CGUGUUGGUCGCCUGGUUUCUUCAGUUGGAUCUCCCUCAGAUCUCACCUCCAGAACGGUCUCACCUCCAGAAGGGUCUCACCUCCAGAACUGUCUCACCUCCAGAAGGGUCUCACCUCCAGAACUGUCUCACCUCCAGAAGGGUCUCACCUCCAGAACUGUCUCACCUCCAGAACGGUCUCACCUCCAGAAGGGUCUCACCUCCAGAAGGAUCUCAGCUCCAGAACUGUCUCACCUCCAGAAGGGUCUCACCUCCAGAAGGAUCUCAGCUCCAGAACUGUCUCACCUCCAGAAGGGUCUCACCUCCAGAACGGUCUCACCUCCAGAAGGGUCUCACCUCCAGAAGGAUCUCACCUCCAGAACUGUCUCACCUCCAGAAGGGCCUCAGCUCCAGAUGGGUCUCACCUCCAGAACUGUCUCACCUCCAGAAGGGACUCACCUCCAGAACGGUCUCACCUCCAGAAGGGUCUCACCUCCAGAAGGAUCUCACCUCCAGAACUGUCUCACCUCCAGAAGGGCCUCAGCUCCAGAAGGGUCUCACCUCCAGAACUGUCUCACCUCCAGAAGGGUCUCACCUCCAGAACGGUCUCACCUCCAGAAGGAUCUCACCUCCAGAACUGUCUCACCUCCAGAAGGGCCUCAGCUCCAGAACUGUCUCACCUCCAGAAGGGCCUCAGCUCCAGAACUGUCUCACCACCAGGAGGAUCUCACCUCCAGAACGGUCUCACCUCCAGAAGGGUCUCACCUCCAGAAGGGCCUCAGCUCCAGAAAUGUCUCACCACCAGGAGGAUCUCACCUCCAGAACGGUCUCACCUCCAGAAGGAUCUCACCUCCAGAACUGUCUCACCUCCAGAAGGGCCUCAGCUCCAGAAGGGUCUCACCUCCAGAACUGUCUCACCUCCAGAAGGGUCUCACCUCCAGAACGGUCUCACCUCCAGAAGGGUCUCACCUCCAGAAGGAUCUCACCUCCAGAACUGUCUCACCUCCAGAAGGGCCUCAGCUCCAGAAGGGUCUCACCUCCAGAACGGUCUCACCUCCAGAACUGUCUCACCUCCAGAAGGGCCUCAGCUCCAGAACUGUCUCACCUCCAGAAGGGCCUCAGCUCCAGAACUGUCUCACCACCAGGAGGAUCUCACCUCCAGAACUGUCUCACCUCCAGAAGGGUCUCACCUCCAGAACUGUCUCACCUCCAGAAGGGCCUCAGCUCCAGAACUGUCUCACCACCAGGAGGAUCUCACCUCCAGAACUGUCUCACCUCUAGAAGGGUCUCACCUCUAGAACGGUCUCACCUCCAGAAGGAUCUCACCUCCAGAAGGAUCUCACCUCCAGAACUGUCUCACCUCCAGAAGGCUCUCACCUCCAGAAGGGUCUCACCUCCAGAACUGUCUCACCUCCAGAA